CAGCCCUUUGCCAGCGCGAUAGUCCAUUUUCUUGCUGCUCUUAGUAUCCAUCCAGAGACCAGCCGUCUACGUACAGCUGCUGAGUUCUCGUCUAUGCUUAGCUCUCUUGUCUACUGCGUACGCGUAUUAGCGAUAGAGUUCUUUCUACUAGCAGAUGAGCGGGCUGAACAAGGUGCUGCUGAGACGAGUAGCUUUCUUAAGCAGCGUGCUCGCUAUCUAGUAGACGGCUCGUAUAGCCCGAUGAGUACUAUGCUAAGUUUACUAGCAUACGCUAAGUUUAUUGCCCUGCGUACGCCUAGCACUAUCGCUGGCAGCAUGUGGUAG